GCGGCGAGCGCGCGCCCGGCUGGGUCCCCGCGGCUGCCCCCGCAGCCGCCGCCGCCGCCGCCAUGGACAGCGACGAGGAGACGCUGGAGGAGACCGUGGAAGGGCACCUAGAUGAUGAUGGGCUGCCACAUGGAUUCUGUACAGUCACCUAUUCAUCAACAGACAGAUUUGAGGGAAACUUUGUGCAUGGAGAAAAGAAUGGCCGCGGCAAGUUCUUCUUUUUUGAUGGAAGCACCCUGGAAGGCUACUAUGUUGACGAUGCCCUGCAAGGCCAGGGGAUCUACACGUACGAGGAUGGAGUCGUCCUUCAUGGCACGUAUGUGGAUGGAGAGCUGAACGGACCAGCCCAGGAGUACGACAGUGACGGGCGGCUGAUAUUCAAAGGGCAGUAUAAAGACAACAUUCGACAUGGAGUUUGUUGGAUUUAUUACCCAGAUGGAGGCAGCCUUGUGGGAGAAGUGAAUGAAGAAGGGGAGAUGACUGGAGAGAAAAUAGCCUACGUGUACCCUGAUGGAAAGACUGCAUAUUCCGGAAGGUUCAUAGAUGGAGAAAUGAUAGAAGCAAAACUGGCAACUCUUAUUUCUGUAGAGGAUGGGAAACCUCAGUUUGAAGUAGUACCAGGCAGCCCAGUGUACAGUUUUGACAAAUCUACUUCAUCCUGCAUUUCUACAAAUGCACUUCUUCCUGAUCCUUACGAGUCAGAGAGGGUGUAUGUUGAUGUCUCUCUCAUUUCCAGUGCUGGAGAAGGAUUGUUUUCAAAAAUAGCAGCAGAAGCCAGUACAGUUAUGUCCUUUUACAACGGCGUGCGAAUUACACACCAGGAGGUAGACAGCAGAGACUGGGCCCUCAAUGGAAACACAAUAUCCCUGGACGACGAGACAGUCAUCGAUGUGCCGGAGCCCUACAACCACGCCACCAAGUACUGUGCCUCGCUGGGGCAUAAGGCCAACCAUUCUUUCACUCCCAACUGCAUCUAUGACCCGUUUGUUCAUCCUCGUUUUGGGCCUAUCAAGUGUAUCCGUACCAUCAGGGCUGUGGAGAAGGAUGAAGAAUUAACAGUGGCUUAUGGGUAUGAUCACAACCCUGUUGGGCAAAAUGGGCCAGAAGCACCGGAGUGGUACCAGCUGGAACUGAAAGCUUUCCAGGCUGCCCAGAAAAAGUGAAAUGGGAGCUUCUUCUCCAUUCGGCAAACUGAAAUAGAAAUUUGGAUCUAUGCACUACCUUUAUACUGAAAACUGGACAACCAGGGAUUGUUCAUGCUGUUGCAUCAUAACUUUGCAUUCUGUGUUAAGAGAUAAGUUUCUUGCAUACUAACUAGGUUUGACUGUGUUACUCAUAGCAGAUUUAAAAUUAGCUAGCGUUGCACCAGUCUUAUCUGGGGAGAUUAUUUAAUAUUCUGUACGAGACGUGAUAUUCUUUGGUAGCUUCUGCUUUUGCACCAUAUGCAAAGAUGCCAAAAGACUAGACAGAAAACUAAAAUGGGUAUAUCGUUCACUUUUAGUCGGCAGACUUAGUGUUGCUCUCUAUCUGCCUAGGCAUUAUUGUGCAACUGCAUUUUGCAUAUAUGCCACUUGUGAUGAUAACAGUAAUAUUUUGAUAUUCUCUAAUAGUAGCAUAAUUUUGCCUUUUUAAACCUUUGAUCUGAAUCUUGCAAUAGAGCAGUUUAUUUAUUAGCAUAUAGGAGGCUGGGUUUUAACUCCCCUUUCCUCUUGUCUUAUGAACAUUGUACUUUCUAUUAAUCCUCUUUUGCAGGAGAAAAUCCUUUCUAACUAGUGGAAAGGCUUGUGUGUGUAUGUGAGAGUGCUGUGUGUUGGUCUCUGUGGCUCUAUAAAUAGAAUAGCAACAUGUCCAAACCUAAUAUUUAUCUAGCCAUUAUGGCUGGCUUAUUUUAUUUAAUUUAUGAAUAUGACACUCAAAUGAAGCUGUUUUUUGCAUGAAGAUUUUCGGAAAGGAGAAAACAGAUUCACUUUUUGAAGGACUUUCAGAAGUAUGUGUUCUGGAAGGCAAGCACAUUACUUGCAUUAGUGUUCAUGAGUUGGUUUGUGUAUUUCACCUGUGAAAGCAGCUGGUUCUCAAGGCAAAAAUUCUGGCAAUGAGAUGCAUCUCCUGUGAGUUCUCUUAAAGGAGGUGUAUGUAUUUGAGGGCAGGCUGUAGUACUUGAGUACAGAAAGCUGUAUCUUUUGUAUGGGUUCAUUUGACAAAGAAUGUAGCCUUGUAGCAGUCUUCUAGUAGUAGUGGUUUAAGACACAGUCAAUUCAAGUAGUAUGAGAUAUAAGAUUAAAAAAAAAAAAAAAGAUGUGAAAAGAUUGUUUCUGAAAGACGAUGAAUGUAAAAACAUCACUCACUGCUCAUAUUUAGAAACAGCAGUCAAUUCAUAGCUUUGUUACAGCCAACAGUGGAGGCUUGUGAAUAUUCAUCUGCAGGGCUGUGUUCUGGGGUUUUUCAGGCAUAGGGAAAUUGCUGUGCAUUUUUUCAGGUACUGUACUGGUCUUGCCUAAUGCUGUGUAAGAGAGAAAUAGUGUAUCAUCUCAGUCUGGAUGCUGGAGCCCUUCUGGGAUUCUGAUGCUCUCUUUUCAGUUUAGCAGCUUAGGAAAAACUCCAAUGCAUUUGCAACACUUUCUUUAAAUGUUUGUAGUUUGAAAAAAGUUUGUAUAUAUGUAACGUAAAUGAUUUGAAAGUCGGACCUACCUUUCUACUGCAGUGUGUUUGGGUUGGUUACUGGAAUGGUUGGAGGCAUCUGGCUGUCUGGAGAGCUAGACAUGGAGAAUGUGUUGGGUUGGUACCCGCAAGUGGAAGGAUGAGGUGGCUGUUCUGUGCAGUCUGAGAAUCCUUGCUUUGGUACCUGUGCAAAGUUAGGAUUUAUUAAUAAGAAUCGCUCUACCGUGGGGCUCUGUUUAGUCCCUGUGACUGAUCACAAACCUUUUCCAGCACCUCAUCAUUUAAGCUUGCACAAAAGCUACUCUGUGCUUGUGUUGGUGGGGGCAGCAAUUAGGCUCAGGGCUUUCUGACACUCUUCCAGCAGAGAUCUUAAUGUGGGCUUUGACACUUCCAAUCUCCUCACGCUGGAGACUCAGGCCACAGCUCAGCUUCUCGUCCAAGGCGGGUGGCUGGCAGAGGGAACAGCUCAGGGACUCAGCUGAGUGUGCAGAGGCAGAACUGAGCCUCACAGGUGAGGGAGAGUUGUGAGAUGCCAGCUGGCAGCACGACUUCAGCAAAUCAACCUCAAAAAGAAGUACAUGUCUUGAUCUUUCCCUACCUGUGCCUACAGGUCAUUAUUUUAGAUGAUUGGUGUUUUGGCAGUUUGCAGAAAGGUGUGCCUUUCUGGUAGGAAGCUGUUGUGUGCAUUUUGUGGAUUAUCCUGCCAGGACAUUGAAAGUUUGCAAAGUUGAGGCUUGUGUUUAAGCACAGGGAAGAGGAGAGGGAAGAUACAUGGCUGAACCCUGCUGUGAAUGGAUGGUAACUCCUUCCACAGUUUCAAUAACCUGCUUUGGACUGCUUGCCUCUUUGUGCCUGCUAGAGAAUCAUGUUCUUGUCUCCAGAGCUCCUUCAGGUCCACUCCUGCUCAGUGUCCGAUUCCUCUGCUAUCUCCUCCUUGUGUGGAGUUGAUUGUUUUAAUAGAUUUGUCAGUCUUUGUAUCGCCUGAUUUCUGAAAUAAAUAUAAGAUAGGUGCUCUUUGUUCAUCUGGUUUGAAGUUUGCAUCCUAAAACAGGGAAGUUCUGAGGAAAAAAAAGGCACUGAGGUAUCCUCUGUGUGUUCUCAAAAGCCAUUAAUUUGGUGACAGUCAAGCAGAUUCUCUUGCUCUUGCAUAUGCUUGUGGCCUGGUAGUAAUGACACAGCUGUGGCUCUUGUCUCUGUUAGCUCUACUGUCCUUUUUCUCUCUGCUCUGUUGUAAUCUAUUGGUCCUCCUGUGGAUCCCUUCUUCAGCGACCAACCUUCUAUAAAGCUGCUUUGGCUUGAUUCAGGACCAAGCCUUUGAAAUCUUUCAUAUUUUUUUUCUUUGUUGUCUGUUAGAGUGGGGAUGGUUGGGAUAUUUUUUACUACUUGGUAGUGAAAGGGCUCAGGGCUCAGUGUGUCCUUAGGUUUUUGAGAGGUGCACGUUGGCAACCACUGGUUCAAACAUAGGUUAGUUACAGAACUCCAAAUAAUGCCUUAACUUGGUCAACGCAUUGCAGCUCAGCUUCUGGGGCUCGCUAGAUAGCAAGACCAGCCUAGCAAAACUAGCUUUCAGUAGUAUUGUGAGACCCACACCAAAAUGUGGUUUUAAUUUGGAAGGAGGAUGCAGUGAUUUUGCAAAGCAAUCCGUUUGAGUUUGUUGAGUGCAGCUGACUACUGGUGAAUAUGCAAUAAGAAGCUCCACUUCUCAGAGUCUGGCCAAAGACUUGUCCUGGCGGCACAGAAACUGAAAGAAGAGCUGGUGCUUGUCAGCUGAGCCUGGGUGAGCAGCUGGCUCUAGGCGUGCCUGUUCUGACUAAGGAAUGGCAUAAGACAACCUGGAAUUGCUGCGUUUUUCAGGCACAGAUCAGUUCCCGGUGUCUGCCUUGGUCUGCGGUGCUGCACGUGGCUCCUCUGGGAUGCUAUCAGGUUGUUACCUGAACUCCUUUGAGAAGCAGCCUAUGGCAGCCUGUAUUAGAGGCUGCUGACUGUUUCCUUAAAAAAAUUAAACCUUACAUGUAUCUUCCUGCUAUGGCAGCACUGUGUUUUGUCACCGAGCAUACAGAAGCUUAGUUUUCUGGAGAAGUGGUUAAUCCUGGAGACAAAAGAGCAUGAGAAGUUACAGCUGACAGCUACCUGCUACUGGAUCACUCCUCUGGAUAAGGAGAAGGGCUUAGGCCUUGGAGGAGUAUCUCUAGUUGAGUCUCAAGUUGACUCUGGGAUCUACUAAAAUACCUGAUUUACCUUCACAAAUCUGAAAAGGCUUUUUUCUUUUUUCUUUUUUUUGGUAGCAAUUAAAAAUACUUAACCUACACAACUAUAUGUAAGUCUGAGCUGUUGGAAAAGUCAAAGGAAAUAGGUGGAUAUGGUUCUUCAGCGAUCAGAGCAGGGAGCUGCGAUAGCUUUUUGACUUUUUCCACAGCUGCAACAUGACCCACUAGGAUGGCCCAUGGUUUUUCCCAGAUGCAGCUCCGGAGCAACCCAUGCAGGUCUUGAGACCUUUGGAGGCCAGUUGCUCAACCGUGCGACAUUGCAUGUUUCAGGAGCACGUAGGCAGCCUUCUCCUUAGUUCUGCCUUUGCAGGUUGGAGCUUCCAGUGUCGCUUGCAGUUGGCAGAGGCUGGGCUUUCUUUCCCAGGGCUGUUGUAGUACGUUGCUGGCAUGGAAGAGCAUCAUCGAGGGUUUCUUACCCCCUGGCAGGCAGUGGAGGAGCAGAGUAGCCAGCGAGUAUCCCAUCUGGUACAAGAAACAGACGUGGUGGAAAUUGCCACUUUUCUUUCCAGUUGGUUGCGGGCCCCGGGGGGACUCCCCGACUGUGGGUGAGUUGUCCCAUCGCUGGUUGCAGGCACCUGUGUCCUUCAGUUGAAGGCUGUGCUCGCUGCUGGGGUUGUGCCACAGGCUCUUGGCUGUCACUGCUGUCCCCAGGACCUCUCUGAUUUCUAUCCUUUCAAUGUGAUCUUUGGAAAAUACUGCCGUUGUGAUGAGGUGACGAGCUGUACAGAGCUGGUUAUCUGCUGCUUUGUUUUCCUCUGGCACAGCAGAGCUGCUGGAGCUGUGGGUGCCUGAGGAAUUCACCUCCAAGCGCUUAAGAAAAACAUAAUUGCUUUGAAAACAAUGUUACUGAAGUGUCUCCUUACAUGCUGGGGUGCUGCAUUAGACGUCUCUUCCUCACCCACACCUGCUGUCAUACGCUGAGAGCACUUGGGCGAGGGGCACAGACGUGGGAGCAGCUUUACCUGCGGGGGCAAGUGGGCUUCACACUCACCUGUGCCCCAGGGAGAGCUUGUUCCUUUUUGCUUUGUGUACUGGAAACAUGAGAGCUAUAUUUUUUGGACAAAGCAUUUCUAAGCAGUCUUAUAAGGGAUUAUUAUUAUUUUUCUUUAAAAGGUGCAAGGUUGAGUGCAUGUUUACUUGCCCCAGAUCAAAGGUUUUUUGAACACUAAGGUCACUGUCUGUUGAAUGGACCCUCCUCUUGGCACUCUUCUGUCUUCAGGCAAUUGAAGCUCCUGCCCUCUACCAGUUUUACUGUAACUAUUUUUUUUUUUUUCCAGGAGAAAUAUAUAUACAAAAAUUCUAAGCAAUUAAAUGUUCAAGCCAUAGAAUCAUGAAUGUGGGAAGACCCUCUUCACAAGUUUUAACGUAUUUGUAUGUAAAAUGAUGUUUGUAUGAAAUAUUUUCAUGGUAGAAUGAAUAUUUAAAAAAAAAAAAAAGUUCUGGUAAGAUCUAAACCAAAUUUAAAAGGAUGUCUUUUUGUAAGAUGCAAGUGUAAUUGAUUACCAGUAAGUAAUAUUAUUUUUUUAAAGGGGAGAUACAACAAAUGGUCUUUACAAAUGGUCGUUUCUGCUAUUUGGGAAAGUAUUUAUGCAGCAUUACAUGCAGCUGUCAUAAAUAAUUGCGAUAGCAAGGCCAGUCACAUCUGCAGGACAUACCUCUCAGCUUGUCCCUCUGUGACAAAUGGACCCAUCCCUCCUUUCUGCAGAUUUUCUCCUAGAAAACCUUUCCUACUGUAACUGCUGAAUUUAACUCUUUAGCUAAGAUCCAGGCUAAAAUUGUGUAUUACUUAACAGUUUCUGCUGGGCCUUCUGCUGUUUUAAUACUCUUUAGCCCAUAAUUACUGGGUGUCUCUGUUCUGAAGAACUAAGUGCUAAAGAAUAAUCCUUGGGGUAAGCUUGUACGCGUGUUAACAGUUAACCCCGGAGUAUUUAACUUGUAUACAGUACUUGAUAGGUGUUUUAUGACAUUUGUACUCGAACUAUGAGCCUUACUGAACAUCUGUAGGUUUAUUCAUGACUUUUAAAAAAUGGAUAACUCUAAGAAAGAUGUUUACAUGAAUGAUGAUUGCCCUUCCUUUGAUGUUAUGAAUGAGGUUUUUAUAGUGUGUUUGGGUGUAUGUGCAAGGAAGCAAGAAAAAUGUUUAUGGGGAAAAAUAGACUUGACAAACAUUUGUAAUAAGUGAAUUUUAAAGUUUGCUUUAAUUGCGCUAUGAAGGCAAUGCAGAUAUUAAAAUAUUCAACAGA